AUGAUUCAUUGCGGUUUGGUGGUGAUGCUCACGUUUCUUAGCGAAAUGUCGAUAAGUCAUGGAAUGGGGAUGACAACAUCGCUGGAUGGAUGUGCCAACGAUACUGAUAUUAUCAAUACUUUGCUCAAGGAUUCCUAUAAUAAGCACUAUAUACCGUCCCAUCCUACACAAGUCAGAGUUGAUAUGUGGGUUCAAGAAGUGACCGCCGUCUCCGAACUUACCCAGGAUUUUGAAAUCGAUCUCUACAUUAACGAAUUCUGGGAAGAUCCGGCGUUAGUGUUCGACUAUAUGAAUCCGUGUAAGUCAAACAUCUCGUUUGACGACAAAGUCCUUCAGAAGCUGUGGAUUCCAAACACGUGCUUCAUUAACUCUAAAAAUGCUGCCAUUCAUGAAUCACCAUUCAGGAAUGUCUUUCUAAUGGUUUUCGCAAAUGGUACGUUAUGGACAAAUUAUCGUAUGAAAUUAACCGGUCCAUGUGAUAUGAAUCUGAAGAGAUUCCCAUUUGAUCAGCAAAGAUGUUUUCUUACAUUCGAAUCGUAUAAUUAUAACACAGGUGAAGUUCGUAUGCAGUGGAAUCAACCGUAUCCGGUGAUGCUAUUGAAACCUAUUCAGUUACCCGAUUUUGAGUUGGUCAAUUUCAGUGUGAUCGCUGUCGAACAGAUGUAUCCCGCUGGGUGGUGGGACGAGUUGACGGUAGCGUUCAUCUUUAAACGACGUUAUGGUUGGUAUAUAUUGCAAGGAUAUAUUCCUACUAUGGUCACUAUCGUAAUCUCAUGGAUUUCAUUCUACUUGGGACCGAGAGCAAUCCCAGCCAGAACUAUGCUAGGAGUAAACUCAUUGCUGGCGAUGACUUUUCAAUUUGGCAACAUUAUCAGGAAUCUUCCUCGGGUAUCCUAUGUAAAGGCAAUUGACGUAUGGAUGUUGAGUGGUAUGUUGUUUAUCUUCCUCUCGUUAUUGGAAUUGGCCGUUGUCGGAUUCAUGUCGCGUAAUGAAGGAUUACCACCAAAGGUCAAAAAGAAGAGGAAACGUGAUGAAUUGGACGACGAGUUCUCAUGGAAAGGCAUUCAAACUAGCCCACGUCUUGAGCUUCGACAGGUAUAUUUUACUACAGGAUUUUCGACUGAUAUAAUAAAAUGCUCAGGAAAAACGGAGACACCAAAGACACUCGUGAUAUGGGUAACCCGACGGGCUAAUUUUUCCUUACCUACCAAAUCUCCUACUUAUUUCGAGAUUUUUCUUGGUUUCUCUGGCGAUCUGUGGUAA